ACGUGAUUAACUUACAACCAGUUAGCGAGUCGGGAAUAUCAGAGUUUCUUAGUUCCAACUAGCACUUGAACGCGGCACGAUUCCUGGCCAAGUGGACGAUGUCAGUUUCUCGUAUAAAGGAAUUUAUGACAUUUUUAGAAUUUUACAACAUGCUUUAAAUAUAAUAGUUUGUUCGAAUAGAGCAGUAUGCAUGUCACGGAAUUGUGUUGAAUGCCCUAACGUUACAUAGGGGGGGAAAGCGUGUUGGAAGUCCUAGCUAGCUAGUUAACGUUACUCGGACGGAGGCUAGCUGAAACGACCACCAUGAGAGGCAACGACAAGACGUGGAAAGUUUACUCCGAACCAAAGAUAACAGAGGGGUGACAAUAUUGCAGUACCACGAUACACCGGGGGACUUGGUGUCUGGGUAUGUCACACGAGUAACUCCACAGAGUUCCGAGCCACGCCUCGAGAGGAGAGAGAGCUGUCAACCAGGCAGUUGAGACAUGAUUUGGUUCUUUCAUCCGACAGAAUGGUACAAGUCAUAGCCAACGUGUGUUGUUUUGUUCUUUGAGCAAAGAGGUUGGAGUUGGAGGUAUCCCGAUGUGGGUAGUGCCUUGGCGGGCUGGGAGGGAACGAAUUAAUGAGAGGCAUAGGGUAGCAUAAGAGCGCAUUCUCUUCCAGUGUCUGACAGCGCUGUCAAUACUUCACUUCACAAUUUGGAGCUAGGACUCGGGAGUUCGGCGAACAUUGGUGCUCAAGCUACACAUGACCAGCCAGCUGUCUGAUGUUAUGUUUUAUUUGAUGAAAUUAAACCAGAUCUACGAAGCUUGCUUAUUGAAGUGCAGGUCCUCAAAGAGAUAACUCGUGCUACCGCACAUGUAAGGAGGAUGGGCACAUAGACCAUCACCCAGGUAGGGAGAUGACGACCUCUGCAGCUGAAAAGAGAAGGGAUAAACAGAGGGAAAACCAGAGGAGUCAGAGGCAAAUGCAUGCUGUGAUAAACCUCACUCCAGUGUCCAUGGAUGGUGACCAUCUUGAGGAGCACCCUGAGCAAUCUACAAACUCAACAGCAGCACCCACCUCAACCCUCAACUCCACAGCAGAGCCAACCACCUUAACAUUACCCACCUGAGAUGCCACCAACAUAGCAGGGACAACCACUUGCUUCAUCAACCCCAGAGAGAAGUGAUGUAGAGAAUAUAUCCAGUUAGGUCACUUCUCUAUUUGGCUGCUGUGAGGGAGGCCAGUGCUGUUACUGGUGAGCAUUGACACUUCUCCUCCCCAGAAAGACAGACGGACGGAGUUCCCCUGCCCAGUGCCCCUGUUCUCCUUUUCAUGGAUGCCAGGCUGGCCCUGCUGCAGCUUGGGACUCUCCUGGUCCUCCUGUCCGCAGCACUGGAGUCGACUCCUAAGCUGACUGCUGGAGAGGAGGUCUACACUAACACUUGGGCAGUCCACAUAGAGGGGGGACCGCAGGAGGCUGACCGAAUUGCCAGGAAACACGGCUUCAUCAACCAUGGCAAUGUGUUCGGGGAUUAUUAUCACUUCCGUCAUCACACCGUAGUGAAGAAAUCCCUAUCAGGCCACAGGGGAACAUAUGUCCGACUGCAGAAGGAACCACAGGUGCGUUGGGUGGAGCAGCAGGUGUCGAGGCGGAGGAAAAAGAGGGAUGACUACAACGAACCUUCCGACCCCAAAUUCCCCCAGCAGUGGUACCUGGUGAGCAAGUCCAACCCCAGCGAAGCAGACCUGAAUGCCAGGGGAGCGUGGUCCCAGGGGUACACUGGGAGAGGAGUGGUGGUCACCAUCCUGGAUGACGGCAUAGAGAAAGACCACCCAGACCUUGCCUCCAACUACGACCCUGAUGCCAGCUAUGAUGUUAAUGAUGGAGACUCUGAUCCCCAGCCACGCUACACACAGCGCAACGAGAACAGACAUGGAACACGGUGUGCUGGUGAGGUUGCUGCGGCUGCCAACAACGAUGUUUGUGGGGUGGGCGUGGCCUACAACGCCAAAAUUGGAGGUGUGCGUAUGCUGGAUGGAGAGGUGACAGAUGUGGUGGAGGCCCACUCCCUCAGCCUCAACUCGCAGCACAUCCACAUCUACAGCGCCAGCUGGGGCCCAGAGGAUGAUGGGAAGACGGUAGACGGCCCCGCCAAGCUGGCCAAGGAGGCAUUCCUCCGAGGAGUCACUGAGGGCCGCGGCGGGCUGGGCUCCAUCUUUGUGUGGGCGUCGGGGAACGGUGGUCGUGAGAAGGACAGCUGUAACUGUGAUGGUUACACCAACAGCAUCUACACCCUGUCCAUCAGCAGCACCACCCAGUACGGCAUGGUGCCCUGGUACAGCGAGGCCUGCUCCUCCACCCUCGCCACCACCUUCAGCUCUGGGAACCCUAACGAGAAACAGAUAGUGACCACAGACCUGAGACAGAAGUGUACAGACACCCACACGGGGACGUCAGCAUCGGCCCCCCUGGCUGCUGGGAUCAUCGCCCUGGCUCUGGAGGCCAAUAUGAACCUGACGUGGCGGGACAUGCAGCACUUGGUGGUGAGAACCUCUCACCCCGCCCACCUCAGCACUGACGACUGGAGGACCAAUGGAGUGGGCCGCAAAGUGAGUCAUUCGUAUGGGUAUGGUUUGCUGGAUGCGGGGGCCAUGGUGGCUCUGGCUCAGAACUGGACCAGCGUGGGCCCACAGCACCAGUGUGUCCUCACCAUGCUCUCAGAGCCGAGGGACAUAGGUAGCCGGCUGCUGUUCAGUAAGACAUUGGACUCCUGCUGGGGCAGACCAGAGUAUGUCAAUUCUCUGGAGCAUGUCCAGGCCCGCCUCACUCUCUCCUACAACCACAGAGGAAACCUGGCUAUACACCUCAUCAGCCCCCUAGGGACACGCUCUACCCUGCUGGCUCCCAGGCCUAAAGACUAUUCGCCAGAGGGAUUUAUUGACUGGGCUUUCAUGACCACCCACAUGUGGGAUGAGGACCCUCGAGGGGAGUGGACCCUGGAGAUUGAGAACGUCUCAGAACAAGGACACGACUAUGGUGAGUUGAGUCAGUUUACUCUGAUCCUGUACGGUACGGGCUCCAGCUCCAAUAACCCCUCGUCUCCUGACUUCCCCCGGCCUUCCAACAACAGCUGCAAGACCUUCGACUCCCAGCAGAUCUGCAUCGAGUGCAGCCGAGGCUUCUCCCUGUUCCUGCAGGGUUGUGUGAAGCUCUGUCCCCCCGGCUUCACCACGGGCCCCCAGCUCCUCAACAUGUCCCUGGACAACUGGGUGGACUUGUCCUCCGUCCAGUCCUGCCUGCCAUGCCACCCUGCUUGCCUCACCUGUUCCGGCCCCGGGCCCAGCGAUUGCCUCUCUUGCCCCCCUCACAGCCACCUGGUCCUCACCGCCUGCCUGCACCAGAACCAGAUCCAGCGCAAGUCUCCCACUGGCCCCGACCUCCAGGGAGAUGUGGGUGGACCAGGGGAAAGCCCAGUGGGGUUAGAGCAAGAGGGAGGUGGGGGAGUGGGGGAGCCUCCAGGACCUAGCCUGGCCCUGUCCUCCCCUCUGGCCACCCUCCUGGCUGUGCUCAGCUGUGCCUUCAUCCUGGCAGCCUUUGCCGGGGUCUUUUUUAUGCUGCAGCUGCGCACUGGUGGCGCCCCUUGGGCCCGGAGGACCAAACUGCAGUCUGUGGAGACGGGGGGAUGGGCUUCGGGGGGCUUCGGCCUGGGGCUAGGCUGGGAGAGGCAGGGCAGGGUAUCCUAUAAGGGGAUCCCCACCGUGUGGGUUGACGAGGACCAGGUAACAUUGGGGGGCUCUGAUUCCGACAGUGAAGAGCUGAACUGCCACAGUGAGAGGACAGCCUUUAUCAGGACACAGAGCUCUCUCUAGCCCCCUCUCUGACCCCUACAUCUGGAGGAAACUCUCUUCAGAGGGUUUGGUCUCUCCAGCCCCUCCCUCUGCUAGAGCUCAUGGGUCUGUAGUGGGAGUCUGGUUCAGGCAUUGUCCCUGGCUAAUAGACAGAGAUUCUGAUCCAGGGAUGUAAUGGCUCAGCCCAGCAAGCACCUCCUGGUCCACUGAUUCACCCUCAAGCAUUAAUCAACUGAAAAUGUUUUUGUUUUAUAAUGACUAUAUAGAUAUAUAUUAUUUUUGUUUUAUUUUUUGCUUUUAAACACUUGAAUAAGAUUAUUUGCCCUGGCCCAAGGGUCUAGGUAAUGGUAAAGUACAGUUUUCACUAUUAUUUCCCAUUGACCUUUAGUUUAUUGUAGAAAGGCCGAUUUCUGUAUUUUGAAAGUUGCAUAUCUUGAAAACUUGAUUGCUGUGACAUGCAAAACAUUUUGGGACUAUAUCAAUGGACUAAUGAAACAAAAGAUAGUUUUGGGGUGGAGUUUUCCUUUAAGCAGAUGUCAAAAGAGAUGUCCGUAUGUAUUAGUAUACAUGUGUGCCUAUGUGACAGUGACUUUGUAGACAAGAACUGAAUAGCCUCCCAACACAGUUUCUGAUUGGAUGAGGACCACAACAGGGUUUUAUUUAAUGUACGAGAAUGAGAGAAAGUUGCAGAUUUGGGCACUGAUAAAUGCCUACAUUUGAACGCAGUGGCUGUACAGUAACAUGCUACACAUGACGUCAGACCUCAAGCUCUGCGCUUCACAGCGCCGAAUGGGUUUCGACUGACAGCCGUUCUGCACUUGAACACCGCACGCGAUAUGAAGUUGCCCCCAUCUCGCUCACUAAUUGGGCAACUUUUUUUGUUGACUGAGUGAGGGAAAGCUGUAAAUUAAUGACACUAUGUAUUUUGAAAGAUGAGACGUUGAGGAUUAUAACUAAAUACUGUUUUGAUGUCAUACAAGCAAGCCAAACACCCAUGAGUCCAAAUGUGUACUUCACAUUUCCGUAUAUGAUCUAUAUUUAAGGUACAGUUACAAGAUCACAUGGCGUCAUACCCUGGGUUAUUCUGAACAGAAAGUGCAUAUGUUUGUCUACUGUGAAGAACAUUUGACGCAGUACAUGCACCUGAAUGCACUCAUGACUCCUUUCUAUGCGCACCAAAAUAACGAUCUGUUUCCCUGAAUUGCAUUUUGAAAGCCUAAAACUGUAAUAUCGUGUUUUAUAAUUUAGCUAGUCAUGUUGGCAAUAGAACAAGCUUUCAAAUUAUACCCACCUGACCCAGAUUGCGCUUUAUAAUGGUUUUUGGAUUGCGUAAACAACACCAGUAAUUGUGUAAUGGCGGGGACAAUGGGUUGUGUUCCAAACAAAACAACUUCAAGUGUGCUUGCUCUAGUUCCUCAACGGCACAUCUAGAAGAGCUCAAAACAGCACCUUAUAGUUGAAGGCUGUUCUUUGAGUCAUAUAAGUGCAUUGAAAUUACUUAGGAAACGUGCUUUGGAGAGGUGUGUGGCCACUUGGAGACACCAGUUAGUCCUCUCACUCUCACUCUUGUCAGUAGUGCUAAGCGAUUUUCGAUGUCGGUUUCGAUGUUUUUUUUACAUUAAAUGCUCUAUGCAUUAUGUAGGUUGAAUACUGUAACAACACAGAAUAAAACAAUUAAUAAAAUACAAUGAUGGUAGUGACUGCCCAUUACUGUUUAUCACUUAUGAACCAUCAUUUAUUCACAUUACUUUAAUAAAAUAUUUAAGUUGU